GCACUUCCGCUCCCCGCGCGUCCCUCCCCGCGGACGUCACUUCCAGCAACAACAGCGAACGUCAGAGCUGCCGGGCAGGAGUCGGGGCGGCGGCGGCGGGCUCGGCCUCCCUGCCGAGGCUCCUUCCCCGGGCCUGUCCGCCUGUCCCCGCCGCCGGGCCCGCGCAGCCCCUCCCGCCCGGCGCGGCCCUCGCACGCAGGCGGGCCGGGCUCGUCGCGGCGGCGGUUGGAGCGGCGCUGGCACAGCAGGCUCGCAGAUGGGUCAGGGACUCUGGAGAAUUGCUAGAAACCAGCAAUUGCAGCAGCAAGGAUACAGUGGACAAGGCUAUCUUACCAGAGAGCAUGGUAGGAGGGUACCUGCUAACAAUGUUUCCAAUACAAGCCAUCGCAAACAAGCUCAAGGAGGCAUUGACAUCUACCACCUGCUGAAGACGAGAAAAUCUAAAGAACAAGAAGGAUUCAUUAACCUGGAAAUGUUGCCACCAGAGCUCAGUUUUACCAUUUUGUCAUACCUGAAUGCAACUGAUCUCUGUCUAGCAUCAUGUGUCUGGCAGGAUCUUGCUAAUGAUGAGCUCCUCUGGCAAGGGUUGUGCAAAUCCACUUGGGGUCACUGUUCUAUAUACAAUAAGAAUCCGCCUCUAGGAUUUUCUUUUAGAAAAUUGUAUAUGCAGCUAGAUGAGGGCAGUCUCACCUUUAAUGCCAACCCUGAUGAGGGAGUCAACUACUUUAUGUCCAAAGGCAUACUAGAUGAUUCACCGAAAGAAAUAGCUAAGUUUAUCUUUUGCACAAGAACACUGAAUUGGAAGAAGCUGAGAAUCUACCUUGAUGAAAGGAGAGAUGUUUUGGAUGACCUUGUGACGCUGCACAACUUCAGAAAUCAGUUCUUGCCAAAUGCACUGAGAGAGUUCUUCAGACACAUUCAUGCUCCUGAGGAGCGUGGGGAGUACCUUGAAACUCUCAUAACAAAGUUCUCUCACAGAUUCUGUGCUUGUAAUCCUGAUUUGAUGAGAGAGCUUGGCCUUAGCCCUGAUGCAGUUUACGUACUGUGUUACUCUUUGAUUCUACUUUCGAUUGAUCUAACAAGCCCUCACGUGAAGAACAAAAUGUCAAAGAGGGAAUUCAUCCGAAAUACCCGACGAGCUGCACAGAAUAUCAGUGAAGAUUUUGUAGGGCACCUUUAUGACAACAUCUACCUUAUUGGCCAUGUGGCUGCCUAAAAGCACAAUUUGCUAGCACUUAAAAUUUGUAAUUUUCAAAAACUACAUCAAUUCAAGAUAUUAAUUAUUUUGUAGAGAUGGGGGUUAUUUUAGUGCUGGUCAUUCUAACCUCUGUAUACAAUCAAAAGUUUGUGUGUGUAAGUGUGUGUAUGUGUAAACUACCUUUUCUAUCUAUUUACUGUGGGAACAGAAGGAUUUUCUUUUCAUAAUUUUUUUUAGUUUUGCACAAAACAAUGCCAUUAGUCUGACACAGCCGUUUAUGAAUGUUAAACUGACAUUACAGUCUAAGCUGAAAAAGUGGUGAAUUUGUGCAUUAGAUCUGCUUGAAACUUUAAUAAGUUCAUUCUUUUUAGAAUACCAUGUAAUGUGUAUAUAUUUAACUAAAGAGAUUUAUAAUCAUAAUUAUUUUAUUGUAAAGUAUUUUAACUAAAAUUUCUCCUUUUAUCUCUUAAAUUAGUGUUUGACUUUCGUUUGCAUUUUUUUACAAUGCUAACUACCUCAGAUACUUAAGUUCAAGGGACAUUGAUCUGAAUACUACAAUAAAGUUUAUUCCAGGAGAUUAUAGAAGACUUGUAAAAUA